AUGUGUCUGGUCGAUGAUCUUGCAGCCGAGCGAAAGAGCGCGCAUGGCACGAACGAUCGCGUCCUGUUGGGCAAAGGCAUCAUGCGUUCGUCAUGGAGGUUGGGGAGGUCGAUGGAACUGUUUCAAUUUCACGCCCCUGACGGUUUCGCAAUCCGUUACACUUUUGUCGAGCUCGUGGCCGCGAUCGCGAUGGCGCCGAAAAAAAGCAAAAAGAAGGUUCGAGUCGACGCGACUGACGAAGCCAACGAUGUGCAGCGGAGGCUGGACGAAGCAGAAGCGCAGCUCCGUGAAGAAGCCAAGCUCAUUGACCGGCUGACGCGAGAGAACCAGUCGAAGCAGGACCACAUGCAGUCGAUGGAAGCCGCCAUGGCAAACGAGCUGGAAAAGCAUGAAGCACUCAUGCAAGUGUUCAAGGACCGCGAGCUCGCGCAAAAGCAGGAAGCCGACCACUGCAUCGAUGUGCUCAACUCGAAAAUCUGCGCCUUGCACGUCCGCAUGGAAACGUGUAGUACCCUCGAGACAGUAAACGAGUCGCUGCAGCAGCGCGUGGACGAGCUGCGGCGGCAACUCGAGGCGGACACCAAGCGGCACAACGACGAGAUUCAUGCCAUGCGGGUCGACAUGUUCAACCACAAGAUGGCGCUGGAACAGACAUUUCGCAAGUCGCUUCAGGAGCUCGAUGCGCAGUAUUUGAAGAAGGCAUUCAAUGCAAUGGCGGACGAAAGCAAGAACGCCCUUGUCGCAAACGCCAAAUUGAAAGACGAGCUCCAGAUGCAAAGCAUUGGCGUGGAAAACCUCAUGCAUCGAUUCAAACUCCAGGCGGAGCAAUACCACAAGAUGAAAGUCGAGAACGAGAUCCUGGAGAAGGGCAGCUCGCUUCGCCUCAAGGAGAUCUCGCUGCUCAAGUCGUUGCAGCACGACAUGGACCGAAAACUCGUCGACAUCCAAGAGGAGUUUGCGUCGAAGGAGCGCCAGGCACAAGCAGCCACGGCCAAACUUGUCGAGGAGCUCAAGGACGAGAACAAGUCGCUUCGCACCUUGUACGACCAAACUCAAAAGCGGUGCCAAAAGUGGAAGGCCCGGUAUGUGGCGCUGGCAUCGACCAACCAGCACGUCCAGCCACAGUGUGGCAGCGAGCUGCCCACCGACGAAUUGGCCCAAGCUAGCGCCGACGCCUGUGGGGACCGCCUCAGCAUCAAAGGAUCGAUCGAUGCUUUGGUGCGAACGUCCCAGAUCAAGCUCAACGUGGAGGGAAACGUCCCGAUGACCCAACUCGACCCCAAGGAGCUGUGGAGCGCGAGCUACCAGCGGGUGUCAGGUACCGAUGGCGCGUUCAUGCCAGAGAUGAGUCGAUGCGCGACGGCGCCACAGACGACACGACCGUCAAAGUACGAUAUCCGUUUGCCGUUGAAGGCUCUCAGGCACGAGCCAGCGCCCAUGAAGAGCCUGGUGAAGGCCCACUCGUACAAAGCCAUCACAAGGCGCCCUGGGACAACGCUGAGAUAG